CCCGCCCCCGGGAGGGCACUUCCGGCACGGCGGAAUUCCGGGUGCGAUCGCUCGCGGAUACCGACUGCAGUCGUGGAGGAGGCCCCAUGAGUGCGGCGCCCCUGGUGGGCUACAGCAGCAGCGGCUCGGAGGAUGAGGCUGAGGCCGAGGCCGGGGCCCAGGCGCGGCCGGGGACUGGAGGCUGCCGGCGUGCCCAGAGCCCCCUUCCCAGCCAGCGGUUGCCGGUACCCGACAGUGUGCUGCACAUGUUCCUAGACACCGAGGAGGAGCCCGAGGAUGACCGGGAAAAACAUGGGGGCCGGGUGCGCACCUUCCCCCACGAACGGGGCAACUGGGCCACGCACGUCUAUGUGCCAUAUGAGACCAGGGAGGAGUUCCUGGACCUGCUGGACAUGCUGCUGUCCCACGCCCAGACCUAUGUCCCCCGGCUGGUGCAGAUGGAGGCGUUCCACCUCAGCCUGUCCCAGAGCGUGGUGCUGCGGCAUCAUUGGAUCCUCCCGUUCGUGCAGGCUCUGAAAGACCGCAUGGCCUCCUUCCCACGAUUCUUCUUUACUGCCAACCGGGUAAAGAUUUAUACCAAUCAAGAGAAAACCAGGACCUUUGUCGGGCUCGAGGUCACCUCUGGGCACGCCCAGUUCCUGGACCUGGUCUCGGAGGUAGACAGAGUCAUGGAGGAAUUUGACCUCACCACUUUCUACCAGGACCCUUCAUUCCACGUCAGUCUGGCCUGGUGUGUGGGUGACGCACGUCUCCCCCUAGAAGGGCGGUGCCUACGGGAACUACAGGUGGAAGAACAUCGUGGAUGAGUUUGAAGACCCCGAGAUGGUGCUGCGCGCGCAUGCCGAGCUGGUCCGCUGCAAGUCCGGGAACAAGUUCUUCUCGAUGCCUUUGAAGUGAGCACCAGAGACUCUCAGCCCAGGCCCCUCUGCAGGCGAGGCAGAGAUGGAGAAGCCUGCCCCAAGCCCUGGGGAGGCUCUUAGCCUCCCAGUGCACUGGGAGGCCUGGUCUGGAGCGCAGCCACUGCCCGUCCUCCCUGGGGGCUGGUUCAGGCUGGUUCGCUCCUGGCGGGUUUGGGUUGCAGGUCCGGCCCUGCGGUGUGUGGUCAUUGUCAGGAAUCACCAGUAGAGGGCAGCCUGGGCUUCCUACUUCUAGAUCUGUGGUCUGUGGUCAUGCCACACACAAAAAAAAGUCAGGGUCACCCCAGCGAGCCCACCCAGACUCAGCCAGCACCCCCACUGUAGCCCCUCCAACAAACUGCCCCUCCCCCACACCCUCCCCCCAUCAGCUAUUUGCAUUUGGAGGCCAUUGGCCUCCAUCAGGGUUCUUUAAACCCUCAUGCCCUGGCUCUUCCCCACUCGCGCUGGACAUACGGUGUUUUAAUGGGUCUGUCACCCUCCCUCCCUGAAGCGCAUCGCUUUUAUUUAUUUAUUUUUGGUCUCCCCCUCCAGUGCCAACAGAGGCCAUCUCAGGGCCAAGGUGCAGAGUGCUCAUUUGUGCUUCUGCCUCAGUUUUCUCCACCCCUGCCUCCCACUCACACCCAGCCAUGUGCCUGGGGAGCCGGGAGCAGAUGUUUCAUUUUGGCCUGGCUGGUGGCGGCUCUAAGGCAGCCCUCCAAUGCUCUGUGACCUCUGGCUCCUCAUCGGCUUUCCCAAAGAGGCGGAGAGGCAAGGCCUUCCCCCCACUUCUCUUUCCUCCGCCUCCAGCCGCCUGCCAAGGGCAUUCUGAGCGGGGCUCGGAGGACGGGCCAGGGGGUGCCUCAGGCCUUCACCAGAGCAAAAGACCAGUCCCGUUCAGUUGUCAUCUGCAUCUCUAGUGACAGAAAGAUAUUUUUAUGUUACAGGUUUCAAUUAUGUUCAAAUAAAAAUUGUGGUUUUAAUUUUGGA